GGCCAGGGGGUAAGUUUAACCGUUUCCUGGGGCCGAAAACGCUGCCACAUAUAAAGCCCAGUAAAGCCGCGAAGGAUACAUACCCAGCCUCUGAACGCAAAAUGCAGAUAUACCAUGGAUGAACCCCUUCUCCCCAAAAUACGAGGAGCGGUCGCAGAAUCAUCAAGCAGGCCAUCAUCAUCCCUAAGAGAACGCAACUCAUCUUAUAUUGAUCUUAUCACUAAUGAAGAAGUCAUUCAGAUUAUCACCACACCAAAGACUAGCCCCUCUUAUUUGAACUUCUUAGCCAACUUGAACAGAAGAAAGAAGAUCGUCCAUCGCUCACACUCUGCUCCCUCGGUUUUCACUUAUGCCAGAGGAGACGGUCACGAUCCCUUUGACCUCGGAAUUUCACAAAAGACAUCACCGACAAUAGUAGGUCUGUCCUUUGUUGGCGUCAUCUUGUAUGUGGCAACUGGGGUUUUAGUUUACUUGAUAAGUGGGAGUUUCAAGGGCAAAUCCACGUACAAGCCUGUGGAUGCUGUGUACUUCACAGUGGUGACUCUCUGCACAAUAGGAUAUGGUGAUAUUGUCCCAGACACAGCAUUCACCAAAAUCUUUACCUGUGGGUUCAUUCUGGUGGGUUUUGGACUCAUCGGCAUUCUGCUAAAUGGCUUGGUCACCUACAUUUGUGAUAGACAAGAGGAAAUGUUACUGAGUGCCAUGGAUGAGAAUCGAUUCAAUACACUAGUUAGAUCAUAUAUGAUAGAUAAAGAAAAAGGAAGAAUGAGGAUAAGAACCAAAGUGGGUCUAGCUUUGGCUGUGGUUGUUUGUUGCAUUGCUGUAGGGACAAUUAGUGCUCGCUACCUUGAGAAGUUGGAUUGGCUGGACAGUUUUUAUCUGUGUGUUACUUCUGUUACAACAGUAGGUUAUGGGGAUUAUGCUUUUAGUACUGAGGGUGGAAGGUGUUUUGCAUCAUUAUGGCUCUUGGUGAGCACAUUGGCAGUCGGCAGGGCCUUUCUGUACCUAACUGAAUACAGUAUUGACAAGAGAAAUCGGACUAUUGCAAAAUGGAUUCUUCACAAGAAGAUUACCUUGUCGGAUUUAGUGGCCGCUGACCUUGACAAUGAUGGAUCAAUCAGCAAGUCUGAGUUUGUCAUAUACAAGCUUAAGGAGAUGGGGAAGAUAGCUGAGAAUGAUAUUCUACAAAUAACCAAACAAUUUGACACAUUGGACAGUAGCCAAUGUGGCAAGAUUACUCUUGCUGACCUAAUGGAAACUGCCUAAUACAGAAGUCAAUUCUAUAAGAGAGAUGUUUUCCCAGUCUUACUUGCCUGGGCAACGGCUGCUUGCUUUGGUCUUUAUCUUUUCAGGUAAGAUGGUCCAGCACAGCCAACAAUUUAUUGCCCAAAACUUGAUCAACCAAAGGACUUGCAGCGGUCGAAACUAAGUACCAUGAAAAAGAUGCAUAGUCCAUCCCGGUUGCAGGUUCCAUCGGACAUUUCAGAUAGUAAGGUGUAAAGGAAAUACGGGACGUGAUUGAUUCUAUCACAUUUAGGAACAAGCCUAGAACAGUUAGUUUGGAAAAUUUUUAGUGGAAAAUCCACUUUUAGUAAUAAUUUGAGCGUUUUAUUCAUAAGUCUAGGUGUUCAGCACACAUUACCACUACAGUGGAAUUAGAUAUUCAGCCAGGGAAUUACAAUACCACCCGAAGUGGCACAUUAUUGUUUUAUCACAGGAUGGUUAAGAAACAUGGUAUUUGUUAUCUGUACUCGUGAACAUGUACCGCUAGAAUCAAUACCGUUUACAAGAAAUGAUACAUUUUUUGUGCACCAAAAAUAAAAAAAGAAAUGAUACCUUU